AUGUCAACUUCUACAAAUUCAAAUAAUGAAAAACAACCUACCAUACUCUUGUGCAUAGGUAUGGCAGGCUCUGGCAAAACAACUUUAAUGCAGAGAUUAAAUGCGUAUCUUCACAGUAUCAAGAAAUCACCUUAUAUAAUUAAUCUUGAUCCAGCGGUCACUCAACUUCCAUUUGCCGCAAAUAUAGACAUUAGAGAUACUGUAAAUUAUAAAGAAGUUAUGAAACAAUACAAUUUAGGACCUAAUGGUGGAAUUUUAACAAGUUUAAAUUUAUUUACAACAAAAUUUGAUCAAGUUUUGGAUUUUAUAUCAAAACAUACACCUGGUCAAAUUGAAAUAUUUACAUGGUCAGCUUCCGGAGCCAUUAUCACUGAUGCUUUAGCUGCAUCCUACCCAUGUGUAAUCGCGUAUAUUAUAGAUACGCCUAGAACAACAAGUCCUGCAACAUUUAUGAGUAAUAUGUUAUAUGCCUGCAGCAUUUUAUAUAAAACUAAAUUGCCAUUUAUACUGGUUUUCAAUAAGACAGAUGUCAUCUCUCAUCAAUUUGCUAUUGAUUGGAUGGCUGAUUUUGAAUCUUUUCAAGAAGCUCUUCAAAAAGAUACCAGUUAUAUGACUAGCCUUAUGAAUUCCAUGUGUUUGGUAUUAGAAGAAUUUUAUAAACAUUUAAGGGUAGUUGGUGUAUCAGCAAUGUCGGGAUCUGGUAUGGAUGAAUUUUUUGAAGCUGUAGGAGAAGCUGUCAAAGAAUAUGAAGAGUAUGUUGUCACUUAUGACUAUAUGUGUAGUUAUGGGGAAGAAUUGAAAUUGGCUAAUAAAAUAAAAAAUCCGUCACAACGACAAGAAGCUAAAAAACAAGCGCAACUCACUAAAUUAAUGAGAGAUAUGAAUAUGUCUGAUACUUCUAAAACAAUAGAUCCUGAUUAUAAAGCAAUGAAAUCACAUCAAGAUAAACUCGAGGAUGAAAGUUUUGCUAGAUGGAUAAAGAAAACUAAAGAAGGUGGGGGAGUACAAGCAGCUAAUGAUUUCUAUAAUUGGAUACGACAGAACAUUAUCGCUUUCCUUUUAUUUCUAUCAUUGUAUACAAUAUCAUAUUCAAUUUUACAAAAGUUUAGAAAAAGAUACAAGGGUAGCUCAGAUAUAGAGGAUGAGGAUGAGAUAUUUGGUGGUAUUGAUGAAUUGGUCAUAAUAAUAAUGUGUGCUGCUGGUUUAGCAAUGGCCUUUGCUGGUUUUUUAUUACUACCGUUCACAAUGAUAGCAACUGCAUUAUUACAUGAUGAAAUUCACUCGGAAAAUUAUUAUUUAAGUUGGCUGGAUAGUAAUUUAUUGGUUACUUUGUGGAAUUACACGUUUAUGGGAUGUAAUUUUGCUUUGUUUGUGUUAUUACCUUUUGCCUUUUUCUACAAUGAAACAGAUCAACUUAAAACUUUUUGGGUGAAAGCUCAAGAAACGGCCACGAUUAUGUUACUGGUUAGUGUGUUGAUGUACAUUUUUAUAUACAUGUCAAGAUUGAUUUUAGGAAUAGAAAAUAUCGAUUUUUGGGUUAUAUUGAAUUUGUUGACUUGUAUGGGCGGUGCAUGGAUCUGUUUGAAGGCGACACCGAUCGGUUACAUACAAAUAUUUUCCUGCAUCAGUGAACUUCCAUUAAGACCUAAUUAUCGUAAUCAAUUAAAAGAUUCCUUGAUAGAAAAUGAAAUGGAAACUAGUGUUUUGUUACAACAUUUGGAAAAUGUGGAACGUGGAUGGAAAUCACCUGUUUAUGCUGCUAAUCUAAAAUCUCGUUCUCAAGCUCUAAUGACGGCAACAUCGUCAUCAACAUCUGAAUCAAACUACAACAAUGAUUCAUUACAAUGUUGUUCCUCUUCUGAACAGUUAUAUUCUACAAUUAAUGGAAUUAUUAAUGGCAGUGUUGAUGUUGAUUCUGGUGCUGAUGAUCAUAAUAUUAAGAAUGUUUUAGUGAAUAAUGGUAUUGGCAACACUUCUACUUUUACAUCUAUUUCAUCACCAUCAAAUCUUAAAAUUCUUGAAAAUCAAAGAUCAAGGUUACAACGUGAUCUAUCAAAAUCACCUUUAUAUCGUAAUAUAGCAUUUUUUAUAUUAUUUGUAAUCAGUCAUUCAAUAUGGUUUUUAUUGCUUGGUCACAUAUUAUGGUCAUUUAUUAAAAGUUUAUUGGUGGAUGAUGAACAAAAAGAGUUACAUAAAUUGGAAUCAGUAUUUGGUAAACAAACAAUGUCAAUAUUUGGUAAAUUUGAUACAGUUAGUGAUAUAGCAUUGAUAUUUUAUUUCACAAGUGCGACCAUAAUUGGAGUUUAUUCCAUUCAACCAUUUAAAAGAAUACGUCCAAGAUUUGGCAUUAGUAGUAAUAGUCAUAGCAGAAUGGGCUUGCAACAUAUUAUAGCUAAUGUUACGGUUUUAUUGGUGAUUAGCAGCAGUUGGCCCGCUUUAGUUAGAGUUUUGGGAUUGAUAAGACUGGAUUCGGCUGGACCUUAUGAACAAUUUCAUAAAUUAAAUAAUACCGGUCAAUUAUUGGCUAUAGCUUUUCGUCUUGGAGUUUUAAUUACUACGGUGUUUCCUAUUUUGGAUUAUUAUGUUUUAAGAAGUAUAUCUGGUGUGAGAUCGACAAUAGACAAUGAUAGUGGCGAUGGUAACGAUGGCAUUAUUGAUAAUGGUAAUGGUCUUGAGAAUAGUCAUCUAGUUAAUGGGUUUAAUGGCUUGAUUGGUAAUGAGAUUAGUUCGUCUCAUGUGAAUGGUCAUUUAAAUUAUCAUGAUGAGAUGGAUGAAUCAACCUAUAGUUUGAAAAGUAAUGAUUAUUAUUACGGGACUGCUGAGGGAAGCCAAUUAAUAACAAAUGGACAUCAUGACAACAAUUUUGAUAAUUAUUAUUAUGAUGAUGACAAUGAAGAUAAUAACAUAGUAAUAAAAGAAGUAGAAGACAAUUAA